UAGAAUGAGGUCUGCACACCAUAGCAGGGCAGCGAGCAUGGAGGCAGCGUGUUCGCGGCUCACGCCGCUCACAUUCCAGGCACAGUUUCUUUAGGAGGCGUUCGUUUUAGCUUUGGUUUCAGCAUGAGGCAGGCUUGUUCGUGUUCAGCCGUUCAGUUCACUAGCUAUUGGAUGCGUAUCUUUAGUCAUGCCGGAAUCGAGCCAGGAGAGGCUAAAGCUUCACUCAAUUGUUUUUUUAGCAAUGUACUUGGCAGAAUAACGGCGUUAGAGAUUCAAGGGCGUCCCGAAAGCGCAAAGCGCAUUCUACCACGACAUAUGAAUCGGCUGAACUACUACUGCCAGAGAAGAGCGCAAAGGUUGCCUGUUCAAUAUAUCUUGGGAAAGUGGCAGUUUCACGGAUUGCCAUUGAAAAUGUGUCCACCAAUAUUCAUUCCAAGACCCGAAACAGAAGCGCUGGUCGACAUCGUUCUGUCGCACAUUAACCGUAGCGACGGUGGCACUGAACACGUCUUAGACGUCGGCUGCGGCACAGGUGCCAUUUGCCUCGCUCUUGCUUCGCGUACUACUAAGGUUCAUUACACAGGCAUUGACAAAAAUCUGGUGGCAGUCAAACUGGCCAAAGAAAAUGCAUCACAACUGGGCUUGUCAAAAAGAGUUUCCUGCUAUGUGGCUGAGGUUACACCAACUGGCUUGAGAUAUUUAGAACCUCAGUUAAUGAGCUCAAUGUAUGACGCCAUUGUCAGUAACCCCCCUUACAUUUCCAUUCAAGAGUCCUGCACAAUUGAGCCAGAAAUACUGAGGCAUGAAGACCACGCAGCUCUUUUUGCUGGCAUCGAUGGUUUGGACGUUGUGCGAAGCAUUCUGCAACUUUCGAAGACAUUGCUCAAAGUUGGAGGGCACCUAUUUAUAGAAGUAGGGCUCUCACAUCCACCCCUCAUUCAAGUCAUGUUGGCAGCUGAAGAGUACCGCCAGAUGUUCAAGCUCCUGGCAGUGCACCCAGACUUCACUUCACGGCCGCGGUUUGUUGAAAUAAAACGAAUAAAAUAAAAACAAAA